AUUAUGCUAUCAGCAAGGGUGCGAUGAUGUAUGGUUUGACGGCGACACUCAAAAGCGAGAUUGUGAAGAUCGCACCAAGGGGACGCGUGAAUUGCAUUACUCUUGGAUGGGUUCCAACGCCAAUGGUACAAGAGGCAUUGAAUGAUCCGGCCGUCAGCGGACCUAUACUAGCUGCGUGAGUUAUUCUCUUCACUUGGAGACAUAUCUACUUAGCGUGGCUUAUCUACUAUGACAACCCUCCAUUGAAAAAAAUUGCGACACCUUUUGACGUUGCAAACCAAAUAGCGGUACUGUCUUUGUCAGUGGUCUCAGGACAUAUAACUGGGCAGGUAAUCCUCGUAGAAGGCGGUUGUGUAGGGGA